GUGUGCACGUACUCACGAUGCGUGAUAUCCGCUUGCUUCGUAAAAAAACUUUGAUAACUGAUAACAGCUGGUCGCGUCGCCACUGGAGUAAUUUACAGCAACCUUUGAGCCUAUCACGACACUCAUUUAAUGUUCCACGAUACCAACUCAGUUCGAAUGUACUUUCAUCAUGGGCGCACGUAGUUUGAAAGUGUUACAAGUGAUUUCUGGGUGGCAAGCCGUAGAAUUGAUUCUAACAUGUGUUUUUGUCGGCAUUUGGCAAAUUAUCGAGAUUUCUGUCAAAAGAUUAUGGAAAGGUUAUCGAAGAAAAGUUGAUGAAAGUCAACCGGUGGAAUUGACCGUGGAUUCGUCUAUUGGAACGCAUUGUUACAUCAAAGUUAUGGGAGUAAAAUACCACUACGUGGAGACGGGGCCGAGGAGUGGCCAGAAAGUGCUGAUCCUCAAAGAUGCGCCAGACACUGGCAACCUUUGGGGGCCAAACUGGGCUAAUCUCGUUCGAAGACUGGCAGAAACCGGUCACCACGUGGUAACCCUGGAUUUGAGGGGCACUGGUGGAAGUGAAGGGGGGUCGAGAAGUGAGCUGUCUCCUCCAAGAGCGGUCGAGGAGUUGUCAGCGUUGCUGAAGGCGCUAGGAGUGUCUGAGAACAGACAGGCUGUGGUGAUUGGUUUCGGCAUUGGAGGAAUGCUUACUUGGUAUCUAGUCCACUCUCGAGGCCCCUUGAUCAGCAAAUUCGCGGUGGUCAACGCUCCUCAUCCGAAUCUCUACUGGCAGUACCCACCUGCCACUUUCUGCCACCGAGCUCUGCAGUUUAUACAGAUACCGUUGAAUAUUAACCCAAUGUACUUGCUUCAGUGGCCGCACUUCCCGGAGCGGUGGCUGGCUGAGGGCGAGCUGAACGACCGCGAGGGUCGCUGGACCAGCUCCAGGGCUUGCGACUGGACUGGUGCGCUUAACUAUGUUAGAGGAGCAGCCUGGUGGCAAGUGAAGCCAGGUCUCCGCACGUCGACCCCAGCCCUGCUGGUCGGUAAGAAGGACAGUGCAGCGCAGCUGGUGGCCAGUGCCCAGCACUGCGCCGCGUCCACACUGCGCCUCGUCACCAAACCUGAGCCCAGCAGUAAGGAGGUCACUGAUGUACUCUUGGAUUUUCUUAUAGAAAAAGAAAAGCUCAUAGAAGAAGUACCAAGAGGUUUGAUGGGUCGUGUGUUUGGCGCCGUGGCCGACAGAGGGCGCGAACUUACGGCUAGACUAGUCUUACCGCCAACACAAGCGUGAUAAUAUUGUCUAGUAAUAAUGUCUAGUGCGUAAAUGUUCCUGAAAAGCCAAAAAGUGCUCUACCUAUUCAGUGCUAGUGUUUCGAUAAUAGUGUGUGUUGGUACUUAAGUGUGUUUGUGUGUCAAACACCUUAGUACGUUUUGUGUACAGUUAAAGUGUAAAUGUGAGGCAUUAUUGUAAUUUCACUUCAUUAUUGUAUAAUAAUAAUUUUAAGUUCUUAAUUUGCUCCAAUAUUUUCUUGUAAUCAUAAUUAUAUGUAGAUAGACUAUUUAUAUAAAAUAUCAAUUUUGUGUUUUUCGAUUCUAA